AUUUCAACUUUGKUCAGUGUUGUUUUCAAAUGACAGUCAAUGCUCUUUAGCACUUCAGUGUUUACAUUGUAUUGUUAACAUCUGGGUGAUUUCUAAGCCAUGGUUGACUUUUUGUCCUCUAACGGACCCAUGAUAAAGUGAAAUAACGACCCUCUGAGACGACAUUAACCGACAAGGAAAAUGCGCCCUGACUUUAAAUCUGAUAAUCUACGCUACGAUAAAAUUUUGAAAUUCGAUUUUUUCCGGCAUUUUUCGAAGAUUUGAUUGUGUUUUCUAUAUCCUGUCCAAACCGCUUUUUGAUGCAGAGUGGAAGCCUUCGUUUUUAAACGUUUUAUCUUGGCAUUUUUCGUCCGCUAUAAGUGCUACUCUCGAAAAAUAGGGAACUGACCUUAGUUUAGAAUCGAUGAAUCCAAAAAUGCCUUAUGCUUUUCUCGUGAUAGCAUUCCUCAUUUGUUCCGUCUUUACGAAAGGAGUAGAAACAGAAAUGUCCAGGUCAUUCAUCUUUGCUGCAGUUGUAAAUACCUCCAGUAUUAGUCUUGAUUCUGAAGAUCAAUUCCUAGCAAGACACAAAACUAGAAGUGCUGUAGGUUGUGCUCACAAAUGUCUGACCAACAAACAGUGUCAGGUGAUUGGUUUUAACGCCAAGUCAGGAGAUUGUUGGUUGAUGAAGAGUUCUGGCAGAAAUAGUCUUUUGACUGAACAAAAAGGCAAUAUCAUUCUAAUCAAGGUUGAAGAUCAGAGAAAUUCGAAGAAUACAGUUGAUGAAGAAUUUUCAUCGUGCAAGGAAGUGUUGGAUAAAGGAAGAUCUAAAGGUAAUGGAAUCUACAAUAUCAAAAGUACCAUGRCGUAUUGUCACAUGGACGAGUUACCCAACUGCGGUGGUGGGGGAUGGACGCUGACCAUGAAGAUCAAUGGAUCUAAGAACACGUUUGACUACAACACCUCAUAUUGGACAAACAGAAAAGCAUUGAAGGCCGAAAAUGGACUGGAACUAGAAGACAAAGAGUCAAAGCUACCAACAUACUGGUCAACACCGCUGACCAAGAUCUGUCUCGGCAUGAAGAUGAAAACAAACCGUGAAACCAAGUGGUUGAAAUUAGAAUUAAAACAGCGCGCUAGCUCGCUUUAUGACGUCAUGACCACAGGGAACCCAACAAAGUCAUAUAGUCUUCUUGGGGUAAACAAAUGGAAAAAUCAUUUCUUCCCAAGAACAUAUUUGUAUAGCGGGGUAUAUUUUGAGGGCGUGAGUGUGUCCUUAAAAUCUGGGUCGAAGGUUAGGCUUGGAGUCAUAUCUAAGGUCGUAAGGGACAGUCAAUGGUGCGACUCGGUGUUAGGUUUUGGUAUGUGGUAUGCAUCGGGUGGACGUGUUUCUUGUGGCAAGGGAGGAUCAAAGGAACUUUCAACCGAUGAACCUGCUUUUUGCUACAUUUUAGCUCAGUAAAAUCGCUACUGGACUGAAAUAUUUUUGUGUUUCCAAA